AUGGAGAGUCUAAGAGAAAAAUGUGUAAGGGAGAGUCCCGAACGAACAAAAAUUAAAAGAUCAUCUGACGGAGACAAACUGGUGAUUCACGGUACACCAACCAACGACAGAAAUUUGUUUGCCAUUAACCUAGAAUGCUUAUCGUGGAGGAAAAUCGACUACGCGCUACAUUUCUCGGUUCGGUUCCUGACAAACAGCACUUAUAAAACUGGCAGAAACGCCAUCGGCAUUGAUGAAAAGUUUAAUGAGAAAUGGUCAGGCGGUCACGUAUUCCGACAUGGGACCAAAUUUCCUUUUCAAAAGAACGAACCAUUUAUUGCGGUAAUGUGGAUGAAGCCUCCUAAUCUUGAGAUCGCGGUAAAUGAGAUCCAUAAGUACUACAAAGAUAAUUUAAAACCCUGCUAUACCCACCUGGCAUAUUAUAAAGACAUCAGCGUCAGCAAAAUAUACAUGUCAUAGUUCAUGCACAUAAAUUAGCGCAUGCACAAGCACAAAAAGCAAGGACCAAAACAAUCACAAGAAUAAUUACAUGCACAUGCAAAUACACAUACACAUGUACAUGCGAAUGCACAUAUACAUACAAAUACACAUACACAUACACAUACAAUUACACAUACACAUACACAUACACAUACACAUAUACAUACACACACACGUAACAUACACAUAUCCUUGCCCAUGCCCAUACACAUGCACAUGCACAUGCACAUGCACAUACACAUACAC